GACUAUCCUGAUAUAGCCAGCGCUCGUCAGAUCAACAUCAGAAAUGGCAAACACAGCUACGACAGAAUUGAACUGUGAUCAAUGGGAAGUGGAUCACACUUGUCAGUACCUACAAGUUGAAGGACACGAAGAAUGGGUGGAUAAAUUCAAAGAACGUAAACUCACUGGUAAGUGGCUGCGGUUUCUCACAGUGGAUCAUCUGGAGGAGAUGGGCGUAGCAGAUCUUGAUGGCUGUCUGAAUGUCCAGCGCAGUAUCAGGAAGCUCUGGGAGUUGACAGAGCAAGGCAAGGUGUUUAAUGAUCCCAUCCACGGGCAUAUGGAGUUACACCCACUGCUCGUCAAAUUCAUUGACACACCUCAGUUCCAGAGACUACGAAACAUCAAGCAGCUUGGAGGGGCUUACUUUGUUUACCCUGGAGCAUCCCACAACCGCUUUGAACACUCUAUUGGGGUGGGGCACCUAGCAGGAGAACUUGUAAAAGCUCUGAGUACAAGGCAGCCAGAACUCCUCAUCACUGCAAGAGACAUCCUUUGUGUGCAGAUUGCUGGUCUUUGCCAUGACCUGGGACAUGGACCCUUUUCCCAUCUGUAUGAUGGGAUGUUCAUCCCCAAGGCACGUCCAGGACAUAAGUGGAGGCAUGAGGACGCCUCUGUAAAGAUGUUUGACCACCUAGUGAAAUGUAAUGGCCUAGAGGAGGAGAUGAAGAGGUACGGCCUGGUGCUGCCUGAUGACCUGACCUUCAUCAAAGAGAUGAUUGUUGGACUGGACACAGAGACAGUUGAUGAGUAUCAUUAUUGCUACAGCAGCCAGUGUCUAAUGCCACCAAUGUGUCCACAGGAAAAGUCCUUCCUCUAUGAAAUUGUGGCCAACAAAAGAAAUGGCAUUGAUGUGGACAAGUUUGACUACCUUUCCAGGGACUGCUACCACCUGGGCAUCCGGAACAACUUUGACCAUCUUCGCUUCCUAAAGUUUGCCAGGGUGUGUGAGGUGGACGGGCAGAAGCACAUCUGCACGAGAGACAAGGAGGUGAUCAAUCUGUAUGACUUGUUCCACACAAGGAAUGGUCUCCACAAAAGAGCCUGUCAGCAUAGAGUUCACUCUAUCAUAGAGAACAUGAUUGCAGAGGCCUUUGUAAAAGCAGACGAGCACAUCCAGAUUGAAGGAUCGGGAGGGGAGAUGUUCACUCUCUCCACAGCCAUAGAUGACAUGGAGGCCUUCACCAAGUUGACAGAUCGUGUGUUUGAACAAAUACUCAACUCUUACUCCCCAACGAUGGCUGAGGCUAGGCAGAUUCUCACCAAGACCAUCUCUGAAAACCUCUCAGAAAUUCUGACAGCAAUAAAAUCUGAGGAACCAAGCAAGCCCACUAAGAUUGAUCGUUGGAGAAAGGAGUUGGCUGAACUGGAUGCUGAAGAGGUUGUGAUUGAAAAAAUGCUCAACUCUUCCUCUGAGAAGCUGGCUAAGUGGAGGCGGGAACUACACAAGAUCAUCUCUAAAAUCCUCCCCAAUCUUCUGAGGGAAGAGAACUCUGAGAAACCCACCCAGGAGCAGAUUGAUCGUUGGACAAAGAAAUUGAUUGCGGUGUCCAAAAAGGAUGGUUCUUUUUACUCAACUAAAGAGGCUGUGAUUCAAGACUUGCUCAACUCUUCCUCUGCGGAUCUGGCUGAGUCGAGGGAGUACCUACACAAGAUCAUCUCUAAAAAACUCUCCAAGUUUUGGAGCAAACCAAACUCUGAGAAACCCACCCAGGAGCAGAUUAAUCAUUGGAGAGACAAGUUGGCUGAACUGGAUGCUGAAGAGGUUGUGAUUGAAAAAAUGCUCAACUCUUCCUCUGAGAAGCUGGCUAAGUGGAGGCGGGAACUACACAAGAUCAUCUCUAAAAUCCUCCCCAAUCUUCUGAGGGAAGAGAACUCUGAGAAACCCACCCAGGAGCAGUUUGAUCGUUGGAGAAAGGAACUGGCUCUGGAGAACAAAAAGGAUGAAACUGUGGUUGAAGAAAUACUCAACUCGUCCUACCCCCGGCUGGCUGAAGCAUGUUGGAUUCUACACAAGAUCAUCUCUCGAAAACACUACAGGUUUCUAGGUGAAAUCCAGGACCCAGAUCCAAACCAAACCGAGCUGACGGAGGCUGCUAGGAAAAAGGAAGAGGCUGAAGCCCUUCAGGGGGGCGGGCUGAAAGCAGAGGACUUUGAAGUUUUAUUCAUUUCUAUGGAUUAUGGGAUGAAAGAUGAUGACCCAAUCAAUCAAAUGGGUUUCUAUAGAAAGGACGACCCUUCCAAAGCAACCAAGAUUUUCAAAGAGCAGGUUUCCAAGCUUCUCCCAACAUGCUUUUCUGAGACGCUGAUCAGGGUUUACUGUAAGAAGACCGAUGAAACUAGUCUGAAGGCUGCCAAGGAACAGUUUGCCAAGUGGCGCCAAAACAAAUGCCCCAGAUGGAGCAACGGAAGCACAGAAGAGGAGGACGACAGAAGAUCCGCACAGGGGGAAGGCCAAGAAAUGCAAGUGCUAAUCCCAGAGGGAGAAUAAGUUUUGGCAGAUGGAAAUUAAAACAAGAAGGCAAACACUCCUUGAUACUCACUGGUUUAUUAUGAUUUACUACCAACAUGUGUACUGGAGUGAAAGUGAACACAUAAUCUGAGUUUUAGGGACAUGACAUAUUUAAAGGUGUUUGGUUUUGAUGUUAAUCAUGUGAAUUAAUGUGGUAAUCAGAUCAGAUAUUAGUUUGACUUUGAGUGAUUUUUGAUUAGAGGUUGUUUUUGGUGUUGUGGUUGCAACUUGGUCAUUUUACUGUAUCUUUGCUCAUACUGCAUUUAUCAUUACUUUUCAUUUACUGUUCAUCUUUUAAUUUGUUUGUGAAAUGUCUCUGAUAUUGUUUGCAUCUUUUAUUUGGGUUCCAAGUCCAAAGGGCUGAAAGACACAUUCAAUUUUCUCUCAUGACUGGAAGUUUGGUGCAAAUCUUGUUCAACAAAUAAGAUCCCAAUAAGCCAAACUGGGGCGCCAUAAUUUAAGGUAAAAAAUUUUGAAGAAAAAUCCCCUAUACCAUAAGUCUGACUUACAUGGAACUUGGCACAGACAUCUAUCUGCCUGACUACAUUUUCAAUAUUUUUUAAACCUAUUUAUGACAUCUCCUCCUAAACUGUAGGUCCAAUUUGUACAACUAACCAAUAGACUUUGAGUGGGCGUGGCUUAGCACAGAAAUAGGCCAAUCAUUAUGGCACUUUAAGGAAUGUCAGCGCAGGUACCUGAAACAUACCCUGAAAGUCUCAUUCAAAUCGAGCACUAGAGGGCGCUACAAAUGCAGACUAGAUUUACUGCCCUGCAGUUGUCUCUGCUAACCAGUCAAGUCUGGCUUUCAUCCAUGUCUCUGCAGACUGUAUAUGUAGCCGUAGACAAUGUUUCAAAUAUGGAGAUGCAAAGAAGCUAUUUUAAAAGGUGGACGCUUCACACACAUCUUCAGUCUUUUAAAACUGGCUCUUGGGAAGCACUUUGUGUUUAAUCUGUCAGUAUGAAAUAAGAUAAUUAGGAUUACUAUUAUGAUGACAUUAUAUAUCACUAUUUCUCACUGUAGUCAUACCUUAAAGCUCACUUUGCUUUCUUUGAUGUAACCAUCGUUGUGUUUUGCUAAUGGUGUGAAAAUGUAUCAGAUUCUUAAUAUGUGAUGGGUCUGUAAAGAGAAACCUGCCAAAGGCUAUUAGAGCCUUUCAACUGUAUUCCUAUUAACAUGGGUUGAUAACAGAUUAUGCCUGUCUGUUUGAAAUAAAACUCUUUUUCCCUCGUCAUUGUGCAGUUUCACUUCUCCAACUCCAGAUGACAUCAUACAUUGGUGUUUUUCAGCUGAUGAUUAUGUGUCUGCUAAAUGUUUCAACAAUGUGUCGUCAAAGAAAAACCUUUUGUGGACAAAUUGUUAAAUGCUGUAUAAGCAAAAAAAGCCUCAAGGAUGUUAAUGAAAAAAUAAAAUCUUUCACUGCUGUAAAUUUAGUGCUUUAAGUGUUAGGGAGUGUUUAAAAUUCAAUUAGAUAUACUAUACUGUAGAACUUCAUUUAAUAGCCCAGGCUACUAUUUGCUUAAAUCAUUGAAGUCAACAG